ACAAAAUUUGUUUGGGGAGGGAGGAGCGCGGGCGGAUGCUCGAUCGGCGCGCGAUCGUGGCGAGAGAGCCGAGAGCUCGGCACUGCGGCUAGAAUGCAGCGCCUGCGGUAGCGAGAAGAGGAGGAUCGCGGGGCGGGGCGGCAGCGGCUAGGGUUUGUGGCCAGGAUGAUAAUCCGCACGUACCAGCGGCGGCACAGGGGUAGCGAUUCUCUCCGGGGAGAUUCUAGCUCGCAGGAAUCCUUUUGGAGCAGCUCGCAGGAAUCGGCGUGGAGCAGCUCGCAGGAGGCAGGGUUUGUGUCGUCGCAGGAUUUGUCCAACUGGUCGUCGCUGGAAAUCGAGGAGAAUGUGCCCAAGAAGAGGAAGCAGCAGCAGCAGGAGGAGGAGAGCUUCCAGGUGGAGAAAUUCGAGGGCAGGGCCACCGGGGCCAAGCAAUUGAAUCGCUUGCAGAGGCAAGUGGGCCUGAGCUUGAGCCGGCGAUGGGGAUUCUCUGCUCCUCCAAACUCGACGCUCAUGGAGGCCCAGGAAUCGGGUGAGAUGAUGGAACAGGUUGACGAGGUGAAUUUUGCCAUGGAUGGCUUGCGCGAAGGACAGCCUCUCCAAGUCCAGCAGGCCAGCUUGAUCUCCAUUCUCUCGCUCUGUGCUUCGCUCCAACAAAGGCGCUUUCUUCGAUCUCACGGGAUUGCGAAAACUUUAGUAGAUGCUAUUGUAGCUUUACCAACAGGCGAUCCGGCGUUGUCCUUGGCUGCCUCAGCUGUUUUUUACGUGCUUGCCAGUGAUGGGCAUGAUGCGAGUGUGAUGGACUCCGACCCGUGUAUUCGCUUUCUUCUCAAGCUUGUUACAAGCCAGACUGAUACAGUCAGUAGCAGCGAUGGGAUGAAUAUUGUGGCUAAAGUUUAUGAGAAGUUGCGUGCCACGAAAACUUCAAGUGACGCUGUGACAACGAAUCAACUAACUCCGAAGUCACUGGCAUUGCGUACGUUAGAGAGAGCGUGCCUUUCUGCUGUCGUUCUAGAUGACAAUAGUGGUGCGGUGACAAAGGUUGGAGGACAAUUCAAAGAAAGGCUUCGCGAGCUGGGUGGUUUGGACGUUGUCUGUAAUGUUGUUGCGACAUGUCUUACAAAUUUGAUGAAGGGAAGGACUCGGAGUGACCAUACUGUCAGUUUACUACUAAGAUGUUUGAAGGUGAUGGAGAACGUUACAUUUUUAAGCGAAGAAAAUCAGGCUUAUCUUUUGAGACUGAAGCACCAUCAAAAUUCUAUUUUUUUGCCAGAGAGCUUCAUUGGAAUCGUUAUAAAAGCAAUUGAUACUUUGCAAGAUAUCUCGAGUCAAGAUAGAACGGCUGGCAAAGAAGUCGACUCUAGUUUGGAAAUUUCAAACACGAAAGAGACAAUAACCUGCAAAGAUGAUGCCAUUCAAAAACAAAGGCCGGCCUUGAAAGGAAGAGAUGCUUCUAAAUCUGCAAACCAAAAGGAGCUCAAGCUGAGAAAUGCUCUGCAGAAAGCUAAAAUUAUCAACACGCAACGAAAGGCAUCCCUGACGAGUAACUGCCAGAAAAUGAUUCAAACGAAGGUUUCCGAUAACGACAGGCGCUUCAAAUUUCCUAGUGAUACUUCUAUGACGACGGACAACGCGAGUGACGAUAUCUUCUCACAAGAUCCAUACGAUUUUGAUGAGCCAGAUUAUGACAUUAAGUUUCAAUUUGGUAAACCGAAGCAUCAACACAAGUCCAGAGUAGAACCCCUUCAUCCAACUUUUGAGAAUCACGAAGCUGGUGGCUCUUCUGCUAGAUGCAAGCUAGAAGAAGAAUGUUUACUUUCGGCUGUCAAGGUUCUGAUGAACUUGACGAAUGAUAAUGCUACUGGAUGCAAGCAAGUUGGAGCAUGCAACGGGAUUUUCUCUGUCGCCUCGCUCCUCGUGUCAAACUAUCCUCGCGAGUCACAAGAAGAGAUGAGCUUGGAUCUCCUUGUGACGGUACUUGGCAUGCUUGUCAAUCUAGUAGAGAAAGACAAGAGUAACAGAUCUCAGCUUGCAGCUUUGGACUUGAAACUGCCAUCCCACAUAGCCUCAGGAAAUGGAAGAGGCAUUUUAACGUUAUUGUGCUCUCUCUUUUUAAGCAAACAAGGUUCCGGGGAAGCUGCUGAAGCGAGAGAAAAAUCCAUUAUCAAGGUCGAGGAUGAUGAUACUGUACAAAGAGGACAACGAGAAGCCGAGAAUAUGAUUGUGGAGGCUUACACAGCCUUGUUGCUCGCGUUCCUCUCCACUGAAAGUGACAGAGCACGACAAGCAAUCGCCGAGAGAUUGCCGGGAGAAGGACUAUUAUCCUUAGUUCCCGUUUUGGAGAGAUUCGUGGCGUUCCAUCUGUCGCUAAAUAUGAUCUCUGCCGAGGCUCACGCGGCUGUCCAGGAGGUGAUAAAUUCGUUAAAACAACCUGCGAUUGAUUUGUAAAUUCUGACCUCAAUGGAAUAGAAAAUCGCCAUUUAUUCAGGUCGAA